CUGUACACAGCGAUGUUCCUCAGUAAUGCUGGUAGCGAUCACGAUGGCAGGUCAACCAACCAGAAAGUGUGUCAUCUGCGAUAUGUCGAUACCUGUACACAGCGGUGUUCCUCAGUAAGGCUGGUAGCGAUCACGAUGGCAGGACUACGCAAGCUUAAGACAUCGCUCGUAAACCCACAGCCAGGACGAUUACCAAUUCUCGGCCUGAUCCUGACCUUGACGAUAUGCUUACUAGGGACUUACGUAAUUGGAACAUUUUACGUUACUUUUAUUGUAGAUAAAAACAUCAAAGGCCUUGACCUUCCGCGUACUCUGCCUAGACGUGAUGUAUUGCAGUCAGAUGUACUGUUGGUCAGGGAACAAUCCCAACCUGUGUACGUCAUACCAAAAUAUGCACUAGUUGUUGAGAAGGCUCAAAAUGUUGUCUACAAGCCCGUCAACGUUUCCAUCCAGAAGAAGUCUGUCCAGAAGCUGCCGUUGAAGAAACUCACCUGGCUUAACCCCCCUGGGUGGAUGAAGGUCGAGCCGUACACAGAUUUCACUCAGUGCGUUGUCAGUGACUGUGUCAUCUCCUUCAACAGGAGCGACGUUGAUGCUGCUGACUUGGUCCUGGUGGAAGGGAACGCUAUCCCAGACGCUGAGACUCCAACAAAUAACCCUGAUCAGAUCUGGGUGUUCUACACAGCAGAGACGGUCCAACAGUUCUACAACCCGAGAAGCUAUAAACGGAAGGACUGGAUUGGUAGAUUCAACUGGACAAUGACCUACAGGCUAGACUCGGACGUCGUCUCAACGUACUCCAGACUCAUCCUGAAAGAAGACUUCGUAAACAACGCUAACUAUACCGACAUCGUCCACAAGAAGACCAGGUCUGUCCUGUGGUUCGUCAGUCACUGUGAGACUCAGAGUAAACGGAAGGAAUACGUUGAGGAACUGAGGAAGUACAUAGAUGUUGAUAUUUACGGUCACUGUGGCAAUCUGACAUGUAAAGGACAAGAGUGUGACAAGGUGUGGAGUAAAUAUUGGUUUUAUUUGUCUUUUGAAAACUCAAUGUGUAAGGAUUACGUAACGGAAAAGUUUUUCAACACAUUUAAUAAGAACAUCGUUCCAGUGGUUCGAGGGGGUGCAGAUUACCGUACUCUGUUCCCUCCAGACUUGUACAUCAACACAGCAGACUUCUCCAGUCCCAAAGCUCUGGCAGAUCAUCUGAAGGCUCUGCAGCAAGACCUACCUGGCUAUACUAAAAUCCUCAGGAACAUGGCCAAGUACAAACAAGGGGGGAACUUCCUGAAGGGUAUUCCAUGGAUAUGUGACACUUGUGCCAAGCUGCACCAGCCUUUGAUCCUACUUCCUACUUUGAGACCUGCGACGGUGGUACGCUUUGUGCUGGUAGUCUGUGUGGCCGUAGUGGUUAUACGACUGCUGCGCGAAGCACUCCAAGACUCCAUCGUCCACAAACGGGACGAACCAUGUCCUGCUCCUAAAGACGCUCCAACACCGAGUCCUAGGGUGGUGUUGCCAGGAGGUGUGAAAGACGAAUCAGAGUUAUUCAAAGUCCAUUAUGAAUCUGUAUGGGGAAUACCGAAUUAUGCGUUGGUCGUUGAGAAGGUGAGGAAAGUAGUCUACAAACCGAUCAAGGAUCCUGCGAAGAAAGCGUCUGUUCAAAAACGGCCCUUAAAGAAAUUUGCGUGGUACAAUACACCUACGUGGAUGGUUGGUGAAGCUUACACUGAUUUCUCCCAGUGUGAAGUCAGUGACUGUGUGAUGUCCCUCAACAGAAGUCAUGUUCCCACAGCUGAUGUUGUCUUGGUCCACAUCGACCUACUCAAGGACUCUGACGUUCCCAGUAACAACCCGGACCAGUUCUGGGCUUUCUAUACAGCCGAGACAAUUUAUCAAUUCGUUAACCCAAGGCCUAUCCAACGGGCGGACUGGAUUGGAAGAUUCAACUGGACGUUUACCUUCCGACUGGACUCCGAUUCUCCUUCCACGUACUCCAGACUCAUCCUGAAAGAAGACUUCGUCGACAGCGCUAACUACACAGAUAUCGUCCACAAGAAGACCAGAUCUGUCCUGUGGUUCGUCAGUCACUGUGAGACUCAGAGUAAACGGAAGGAAUACGUUGAGGAACUGAGGAAGUACAUAGAUGUUGAUAUUUAUGGUCAAUGUGGCAAUCUGAAGUGUAACGGACAAGAGUGUGACACGCUGUGGAGUAAAUAUUGGUUUUAUUUGUCUUUUGAAAACUCAAUAUGCAAAGAUUACGUAACGGAAAAGUUUUUCAACACAUUUAAUAAGAACAUCGUUCCAGUGGUUCGAGGGGGUGCAGAUUACCGUACUCUGUUCCCUCCAGACUUGAACGUCAACACAGCAGACUUCUCCAGUCCCAAAGCUCUGGCAGAUCAUCUGAAGGCUCUGCAGAAAGACCUACCUGGCUAUACUAAAAUCCUCAGGAACAUGGCCAAGUACAAACAAGGGGGGAACUUCCUGAAGGGUAUCCCCUGGAUAUGUGACUUGUGUGCUAUGGCAAACAAGCCUUUGGUGAGGAAGACAUAUUCAAACAUUUAUAGAUGGUGGACUGAGGGUAUUUGCUUCGAACCAAAGGACAUCUAGAACUUGACCUUCAAUGAUCCUACAAAACGGAAUUGGGUGAAAUAACUUUGACGCAUCAGUGACAAAUGAUGUCUGAAGCAAUUCCCUAUUUUCACUUGGGUCAAGUGUAUUAUUGUGCCAUAACUGUUGGGAACUUUGUUUUCGUUUCCUUGUGGUUGUAGCGGGUGUUGGUGGGAUAAGCUAAGGGUUUACACCUCUUAUCGUCACUAUUUGAUUUACUAUUGGGCUCUAUCUCAGGUCUUUUGUUUGUUAAGUAUUGUUCUUUUUGCAGAGAAAAUUAAACAUUCCAUUUUCUUCUUGGUUUUGUGACUAUUACAAUCAGUUGCGGCAACAACAGAAAUGAGAUUGAGAACGACUUCAAAAUGGUGACUGCAGGUAAGGAAGCUAACUGGUUAAAUUCAAGAUGGUGCAUCCCAAAACAACCAGGUAUUAUCUGCUGAUAUAAUAGUGGGGGGAUACUUAGUUAGAAGCCAUUGGAUGCAAAGAAUCCUUUCCUUCUCCACUGUGACCCUAUAACUCGUUUAGACUUGAUCUCAGCUUCUUUUUGGCUCUGGACCAAGAACCAUUAUCAUUCUCUGAAUCUCUAAGCCCAUUUCGAAAAUCAAUAUUGCCUUGGUGAUAACAGUGGGAGAUUGCACAUGAUACUAGCUCAACAAACCCACAAAUAUCUGGAUGGGUAUUAUAUCAUAUGUCAGGGGGGACUGUAGUCGCUUGGGCAUUUCUGGUACCACCUGGGGUAGAAGGGUAGCCUAGUGGUUAAAGCGUUCGCUUGUCACACCAAAGACCCGGGUUCGAUUCCCCACAUGGGUACAAUGUUUGAAGCCCAUUUCUAGUGUCCCCCGCUGUGAUAUACCUGGAAUAUUGCUGAGUACGGCGUAAAACUAAACUCACUUACUCAGAUAUAGUUUUGCCAUUUGGUUAUUAUGAACUCCAAUGAGUAUUGUCUACAGUUUGUAAAAAAUUGGUACUUUAAAAAAAUAUAUCCCAAAUUAUUAUCUGUUAAAAUAUCGUUCAACCGCCUCUGUUUCCAUUCUAUCCUCCACAAUUCUAGCGCUUUAUGUAAAACAUGCUGUUAUCCUUAGAAGCAGUAUCUUAUCUGAGCUGUAAUUUCUUUUGUAAAAAUGUCUGUAACGUGUGCUGUAUAUACACUUGUAUUACUUGUAUAUGGGCCGGAGGCCUUAAGUACAAUAAAUAUCUGUGACUCUGA